GUAGGAGGAAUAACGUUGGUAUAUUGGAUGCACACAGGUCAUUUCAUGCAGUGGGAUGAUUCGCUCUUGCUGCGUUCAGGUUUAUUGCAGUUCGUAACCCAAAUGUGCCACAGAAUGAGAUUGUCCUCCUGAAAAGAACUCUCACCAAGGCUUAUGGUGUGGAAUUUGAUUGGUUGGGUUUUAAUUGCUGAUUUUAUGCUUGGUCAGGAAUUCAUUUAAUUUUAAAUUACUGAAUUAUCUCUUAAUCUAUUAAAGUAAACAUGGGGCAGGCUGUUGAUGCAGCGUACCAACUUUUGACUUAACAUUGAAAGUUCAUUUAUUGAAAUUACGAAGGCCAAAACUACUCAACACACUUUAAAAAUGAUUUAUUAAACAACUCUUCAGACAAAACUACCAGAUCGUUAUAUGCCAAAUCUGGUGAAAUUGUCCUUCCACGGCCUCGCGGACCGGAUUCAGAGCGCUCCAUCUACCGAGCUCCUCCUGCAAUCGAUUACUUUGGUCUAUUAAUCACGUGACAUUGUUAUCUUUGUUUUUUUCCCUCCUCACUUCCGCAAAUAAUCGCCAGUUGCAGCUGAGCUCGGAGGCUCCAGCAGCGACCCGCUGACGGACACAGCGUGUUCCGGGGAAACAGUCGCCGCAGAGCCGCUAAAGACCCACCCGGCCGCCCAGCAGCGGACUUUUAUUUUUUUUAAUCAGGUGGGUUUAAGGAAAACAUUCAUAUUGUUAUUCCCUAGCUUUUGACAGUUGUUCCACUGUUGUUGUUGUUUUUUCUUCUCCGGGAUGCUUUUGUUGGCCCGACGUGUCCAGCAGCGGCUCCGCUCAGCUGGACGUGGUGGCCAUUGUUACUGGUCCCCGCGCGCACCCCGUGAACUCACGUCCGCACGUGUUUACUCACGCGCACGUUGAGUCCAUUCACCUGGACGGAGAAAACGUUUUAACUUCGCGGGUUUUUGAGCUGUUUUCACAUCUGCGACGGGUAACGAAGCACGUGAGUGUAAACAUUCAAAACCUAAAACCGAGCAGACGUUAUUUGUCGGAUAGUUUGUUUCAGAAAUUACUUCCAAGUGAGUUUGGAUCUAUUUCCUCAUACACUGGAAUGUCCUGCGUGGACACCCCGAGUGAGUAAAUUCACAAGGCAGCUAUCCACCUCUCACGCUAUUAGAAUGACAAACCGGUUGUUUUUAAGCUUGAAUCCACCAUUAUUGUCACACAUAUUCUUGGAUCCAACGCCGUGAGAUUAAGCUUCUGUAUUUCAAAUAAGCUCUUCUCUUCUCCACUCCCAUUCGAUUGUGCAUUGCCUGAAAUAAUGUUUCUCUGGGUGCACAAAUGUCCUUGAUGCUCCCUGGUUGUAUUUUCACAUCACUCCCAACAGCAGCCCUGGCCCGCUGACACCCGCCCAUGCCGCUGCCUUUGGAUUGAGGUUGGUCCCACAGACUCCCAGCGAGCGCGCCAUGGUGGAUGUGACCAAGUGGCCCGUGUUCAGCCUGAUGGGGAACCAGGAGCUGGCCACCAUAAGAAAAGCCAGCGUGUUUGGAAUGUCCGCUAAUGAGGCCAUCUACGUCACCAAAGACGACGAGGUGUACGUGUUCGGCUUGAACUGCAGCAACUGUCUGGGAACGGGGGACAGCCAGAGCAGCAUUGUGCCCAAGAAGCUGGACUUCCUGAGCGGCAGGAAGGUGGUCCGCCUGAGCUACGGCAGCGGACCCCACGUGCUGCUGGCCACGGAGGACGGAGAGCUAUUCGCCUGGGGUCACAACGGCUACAGCCAGCUUGGAAAUGGCACAACCAACCAGGGGGUCGCUCCGGUGCUCGUGUCCGCCAACCUGCUCAAUAAGAAAGUCACUGACGUGGCGUGUGGCUCUCACCACUCGAUGGCUCUGACUGACUCGGGAGAAGUGUACGCGUGGGGUUACAACAACUGUGGCCAGGUUGGUUCUGGCUCCACAGCGAACCAGCCCACCCCCCGCAGAGUGUCCAGCUCCCUCCAGAGCAAAGUGGCCGUCAGCAUCGUCUGCGGGCAGAACUCGUCUCUGGCAGUAGUGGAGAAUGGAGAGGUGUACGGUUGGGGCUACAAUGGGAACGGACAGCUGGGACUUGGAAAUAAUGGGAACCAGCUGACUCCCUGUCGCCUUGCAGCUCUCCAGGGUUUAUGUGUGCAACAGAUAGUGUCCGGCUACGCCCACUCGCUGGCCCUGACGGACGAGGGGCUGCUGUACACUUGGGGCGCCAACACGUACGGACAGCUGGGGACGGGCAACAAGAGCAACCAGCUGAGCCCCGUGCACAUCAUGACGGAGAAAGAGAGGAUUGUGGAGGUCGCCGCCUGUCACUCCACGCACACGUCGGCCGCCAAGACUCAGAGCGGUCAGGUGUACAUGUGGGGCCAGUGCCGGGGCCAGUCCAUCGUGCUGCCUCACCUCACGCACUUCGCCUGCACCGACGACGUCUUUGCGUGCUUCGCCGCGCCCUCCGUCAUGUGGAGGCUUCUCUCCACGGAGCCGGAUGACUUCCUGACCGUGGCUCAGUCUCUGAAGAGGGAGUUUGACAACCCCGACACUGCCGACCUCAAGUUCUGCAUCGACGGAAAAUAUAUCCACGUCCACAAGGCUCUUCUCAAAAUAAGGUGUGAACACUUCAGAUCCAUGUUUCAGUCCCACUGGAAUGAAGACAUGAAGGAGGUGAUUCAAAUAGACCAGUUCUCCUACCCGGUGUACCGCUCCUUCCUAGAGUUCCUCUACACAGACCAUGUGGAGUUGCCUCCUGAGGACGCCAUCGGGCUGCUGGACUUGGCCACGUCGUACUGCGAGAACCGCCUGAAACGGCUGUGUCAGCAUAUUAUCAAGAGGGGAAUCACGGCUGAAAACGCCUUCUCGCUGCUGUCUGCUGCUGUGCGCUAUGAUGCAAAGGACCUGGAAGAGUUUUGCUUUAAGUUCUGUGUGAACCACCUGACCGAAGUGACCCAGACCGACGCUUUCUGGCAGAUUGACGGCAACCUGCUCAAAGAUUUCAUAUGUCGAGCCAGCCGCUGCGGUGCCUUCAAAAACUGACCCUAACCCCAAAUCACAGUGGACAUGGACGCAGGGGACGCCGGCAGCGACUUCUGGACGGACCCCCAAUCGUAAUAUUAAUCUCAUUGCAGGUUAGAACCAGUGUGCAUACUGAAGCAGGGGAGCGCCCGGUACUGUUCAGUUACAGUAGCAGUUUGCCUCACUGCCCAUCUAUUUACACACAAUGUGUAAAGCAGGACUUGAAUUUACUUGAUCAAGUUGUCGAUGAACUUGAAAGAUUCGUGCCAGUCUCCUGGUUUCAUUGACCUUACUUUGAAGUUACUUUUGUGUUUUCACUUGCUUGAGGUUUGAUUUUGUUCUGAAGGCAUCAUCAUCUUGUGGACGUGUCCUCUGGAAUCACGGCUUUCAGGUAUGAGGCGGUUUGCACUUUGAGUAUCGGGACUGGUUCAAGUCUGUUGAGCUCAGACUACAGUCAGCGAUUCUUAUAUAUAUUAUAAACCCAGCGGCUGCGGUGUAUGAUGUCAGACGACCCAAAGAGAACUUGGGUUACACAUGUGAUCACAAAGUGAUCAUCUGCACGCUACGUUUGUUGAUUCCUCAUGUUGGAAAAUGUUAUUUUGUGCAGCUACCAUAACAUGGGGGGAAAAGUGUUUAUUUCUAGAGCUCAAAACCGUUAACCUACAAUUCCUCUGGUGUUACCUGGUUAAUCUGUUUACAGGAAGACGUGAAAAAGCUUAAAUUGAGUGAGUCUGGACUUUUUAUCCAAACGACGUCCAAUGUGUACUGAAGACAACUUUUUAAAGUUGUCGGUGCAACUGCUGAAGAAUAGAUCUUUACGACUUCAAAUGGAGGGUGUUGCAACUCUACACGGCAAUAUAUUUUAUGUAAAAACAACUUGACAAUUCAUCAAUAAAGCUGACUUAGCUGUG